AUGCUCUUACCCACUCUCUUACUUUCCUUCGCCGUCUCCAGCUUUGCUGCUCCUCUCACGAGCCAGCAACUGGACGAUUUCUACACACGACUUGUGUAUUGGAACAAAUGCUCUAGUGACCAGAAGGCAGCCAUCAAGGCCGGAUGGGAGUCCAUCUGGCCGGUCCAGCAAUUCUUUGCCGACAAUAAGAUAGACUUCAACCAUGCCGCAGCUCUCGAGUACCUGGGUCCGCCGGUAGCAAACCAGCCUUACCAGGCCCGUAUUCAAGAGGCAAUAACGCAGCAUUCUACUAUCCAAGGGGGUUGGACCGAUUGGUUUUCAUGGAGACUUCACGUCCGCUGUGACGAUCCUGCUAAAAAGUGCGAUCAAUGUGGCAGUGAUGGUACUGGUGGACCUUGGGCUUACACGACCCAGAAGGAUGCAAGCAGCAAAUUGGCCAGAAUCAACUUCUGCCCCAAGUAUUUCAACGCCCCCAACCUCGACGACCAGAUUGCCAAGGGCAAGUCUGCAGGUCUCCUAGAAAAGGCGAACAUGAACACGUACUCUUAUAGCAAAGGCCAUGUUUGGUACCACGAGCUUCUGCACAUCGACUGGGCUACGAAGGCCACCAAUUCGGAUAACCAUGUCACGGACAUCAAGUUCGUGAUGAAGGAUACCAACAACAACAAGAAGAACAUACCUGCGACGGGCCCUCUGAACAACAAAAUCCUAGCCCGCAAUGGCAAACACGUGGGCUACUGGACCUCGCGAAACGCGGACAGCCUUACGCUGUAUGCUCUGUCGCGAUACGUCCAGACCAAGAUCGGUGGCAUCUAUCCGCAUCUUCCUCUGGCGCCUCAAAUAAAAAUCUCGCCAAACGGUCUGAAAGACGCCCAGGGGAGCGACAACAUUGAGAUGAAAGACGACGGGACGGUGCUGUACAACAGUUCCGCACCCAUCGUCUCGCAAGUUGCCGAGGCCUGUUUCGUGGACGACGAAGGCGCUGGAGCUAGCACGGAAAUCGACACGUUUACGAAGGAGGACAAGUACUCGUCCGACUACAAGGACCAAUGGAGCCAAUGGAUCAAGGAACUAGGCGGUGGCGACAGCAGUUCGUCAGGCUCGGGCGACUUCAAGCCCCUCCCGUCCGGUCAGCAGCCUACCUGCAGCGGCACGGGGCUGAACGCCAACUUCCCCUCCUCGUGGGUGACGACGGACGGGCAGGCGUCGGCCAGCGAGCUCCUGUACCGCAUGCGCGACCAAGCGUGCCAGGGGAAGUGCGAGAGCAUCCAGGGCGUGCCGGGCAACAGCGGGAACCCGAGCGCGGAGGGCUACUUCGCGGCGGCGCGCCAGGGCGACACGGGGUGCGAGUACACGGUGAAGAUCGCGGCGGACAAGGAGCUGUACAUGUACGUGACGAACAGCGGGCAGAACUGCUACGACGCGACGUGGAGCAUGGUCAACACGUGCAUCAACUCUAAAAAGAACGACGCCGGCUGGAUCAACGGGCCGAACUACGGCGAGUUCUACCAGGUCGGCGUGCGGGACCAGAACGGCAGCGGGGCCAAGCACGCCAAGUUCCCCGACGGCAACAAGAACCACCUGGGCUACCGGCAGGUGGCGUGCCAGCGCACCGACAACGGCAAGUCGGACCUGUGGUACGGGUUCAAGGUCGAGGUCACCAACUGGGACGACGGCAACUACGGGAGGAGCAUCCGGGACCGCGCCAAGAAGUGCGGGCUCGAGUCCCAGUGGAAGUUCGAGGAGGAGAAGGACUUCGCGUUCAAGGAUGGCGUCAAGGCGGAGAAGUACGCGAGCUGGAGACUGCCGCUGCUCAUUGGGGACCGUUGUGGUGAGAAGGCGAUUGAGGGGGCUUUGGGGUUGAAGGAGGGCAGUGUGACGUGUAAAAGGGGGGAGUGGAAUGAGGUGACGAUGUUUUCAUGA